UCGAUUUCUUUUCCGUGCCGGUAUAUAAGCUCCUUUCAAGUUAGUGAGAAGGCACAGUUUCUUCUCAACCAUCAACGUAUCAACAUGAAGGUUUUCAUUUUCGCUGCAUUGAUCGUCGUCGUAGCCUCCCAGGGUUACCCCAAGCCACAGUACCCUGCUCCAGCAUAUCCUACCCCAAACUACAAAGUUCCAGCCUAUCCCGCACCCGCCUAUCCUUCUCCUGCUUACGCCAAAACUCCGGAAUAUGCCCCCAUGCCAUACAACUUCAACUGGGCCGUUAAGGACGAUCCCUCCUACAACGAUUACGCACACCAAGAGACCGCUGAUGACAAGGGAUACGUUACCGGAUCUUACCGCACUCUUCUUCCUGAUGGUCGCACUCAGAUCGUCAACUACAAAGCUGAUGACUACACCGGUUACGUUGCUGAUGUCAAAUACGACGGAGAGGCCAAGGAAUACAAGCCAGCUUACAGACCCGCUGGUUACCCAAGCCCUGCGUAUCCAUCUUACCCAAGCCCUGCAUAUUCUGCUUCCAAAUACCCAAGCCCUGCAUAUCCUAGCCCAGCCUAUCCAUCACCGAAAUACCCAACCAAAUAUUAGACGUGAUAGAUCAAGAACAAGUCAACUAUAAACUAAAAUAGUAUGAACUAAAAUGCGUUAUGUCUUGAUGAGAAAGUAAACAAAUGAAUCGAAAAAUAAGUCGCAA